CAAAGGGAUCAAUAAUGUAUUAGCGAAACUCACAGACAAUUCUUCAACAUAACAGUAACGUUUAUUAACUGGUAUAAAUGUCUGAGAUGAGAUUCAACAUGGAAAACCUAACUAAUAUGGCAUUCUCUGAUUUUGAUUAUUGGUAUGACAAUGUUACAAAUGACUUUGAUUAUGAAGAAACUUACUGCCCUGAAGAAGAUGAAACACCCAAAUAUUUCCGGAAGGUCAUUGUGCCCAUGCUUUAUUUCAUUGUUUUCUUGUUUGGGAUCAUUGGCAAUGGCCUGGUGUUGCUGAUCCUGCUGCGUUACAGGCACAUCCGGACUCCUACUGACAAUUACUUGCUGCAUCUGGCAUUAGCUGAUCUCCUCCUUGUACUUGUCCUCCCUUUCUUUGCUGUGGAAAAAAUUUUGGGGUGGCACUUCAGUACAUUCCUUUGUAAAGUGAUAGGUUCCAUCCACAAACUCAACUUCUUCUGCAAUAGUCUGCUUUUAGGGUGCAUCAGCUUUGACCGGUACCUGGCAAUUGUCUACGCGGUCCAAACUUACAAGAAACGCAAAGCCCAGUACGUGCACCUGGUCUGCUCAGCCAUCUGGUCCAUAGGAUUCAUCCUUCAAAUUCCAACUCUCAUCUUCUUAACGAUUGAGGAAAACUUAUCCGAGGACGUUCCCAAAUGCACCUACUCAUCAAAUGACGUCAGGGUGAAUGAUUGGCUCUUGGCCGAGCAGAUCCUGUACCAUGGCAUUGGCUUUUCCUUGCCACUUGUUGUCAUGUGUUACUGUUAUACCAAAGUGAUCCAAACUCUGUGCAAGACCCAGAACUUUGAGAAGCACAAGGCCGUCAAGAUGGUGCUGACAGUCACAGUCAUGUUCUUCAUCUGCUGGUCUCCUUACAAUGUGGUGAUGAUUAUCAGGACACUGCGAUCGCUAGAUGUGUUCACGGCUGGCUGUGAGUUAUACAGAAAACUAGCUUUUGCCAUGGUGCUGUCAGAGAGUGUUGGCUUCAGUCACAGCUGUCUCAACCCAAUCCUCUAUGUGUUUAUUGGUGUCAAAUUUAGAAAUGACAUCUUGAAGCUUCUGAGAGAGAUGGGCUGCAUUAGUCAAGCCACCAUGGACAGUCAUUUCCAUCUGAAACGUGCUGGGAAGAAUGGGAAUCCAUCUGUCUCUGACUAUACCACCUCCUGGUCUAACGUUUAAGCAUGGUGCGUUUUCUAGUCAGAGAUUGACAGGAACUGCAAAAUGUUUGGGUUUAUAAAUAGAGGUGGAAGAUAUUACUUUUUAUAAAUCAAUGUGUUACAACACACUCGCGGGGAAGGUGGGGCUUAGCUCAUAUCAUAAAACCUCUUGGGAAAGGCAUCAGUGAGAAAUUGGAUGUUCAAUUAUAUAAUUCCAAAAUAAAUAGGAUAAUAAGACAUAGGGGCAGAAGUAGACCAUUCAGCCCAUUGAAUCUGCUCCACCAUUCAAUGACAUCAUGGUUGAUACUAUCAUACUUAACCCCACUCUACUGUUUUUUUCCCAAUAAUCCUUCAUUCCUUUACUGAUUAAAAGGCUGUCUGCCUCAGCCUCAAAUACACUCAUUGGUCUAGCGUCAACAGCCCUCCAUGGUAAGAAAUUUUACAAAUUCACAACCCUUUGAGAGACAAAAUCUGGCUUCAUCUCUGUCUGAAAUGUGUAACGUCUUAUUCUGAUACUGUGCCCUCUGGUCCUAGACUCGCAAUAAGGUGUCAUCUCAUUCUUCUAUAUCCCAGUGAAUAUAGGCCCAACCUACUCAUCAUCUCCUCAUAAGGCAUUCCGUCCCCACUUGAGAAUAGCAGAAUAAACCUUAGAUACAAAAAAGAGUGAAAUGGUGCAUUUUGAUAGAAGGAAUAUAGUGGUCAAAUAUUUCUUGGAAAACAAUGGAGUAAAUGUGAUAGAAGGAGUUACAUAUUCACUAGGUGCUAUCAUUGGGAUCUCACUCCCUCCCAACUUCACACAUUCCCCAUUGGUCAAUGGUACAAUUUUAACCGAUUAUGUCUGAUACAAUUUUGACCCGACUGCGAAGCCUCUUCUAAAGAUGUAUUAUCAAUGGUAUCCAGCCCAUUUUAACCCUAUCGCCAUUUUCCCUGCCCCUUUCCUUCUUGUUCUCUCUUUAUGUCUACCAUCUGAGGACCGAAAUAUUAUAUUGAUGCUGUGUACUAAUUUUGUCUUUCUCCAAUUGUUGCCAGCUUUUCCUGAUUAGUCUGUUUGCCUGUAUAUACAUGAUGCAGUCUCCUGUAUGACCACGUUCUUUAUUAACCAGAUAAUUGGAAAGGCAGCCACUGCACUGGAACUUUUCUAGAGAAAUAAAAUUGAAAAGCAACAUGAUUAUGUUAAGUUUUUACCGAACAUAGCCAAGACCACAGUGAGCCCUGUAAACAGUUCUAAUCUCCAAAAGACAAGUAGCUUAUAUAAGCACCAGGGAAGGUACAAACAAGAUUGAGAAGAGGUUAUAUCCAGUCGGGAAGACUGUACAAACUGGCAAUCAUCAGGCGAGAAAGGAAAUGUUGACAUCAUAGAGAAGGUGUUUCCACUUGUUGGAGAGUCUGAAUCUAGGAUCAUUGAUAUAAAACAGUCACUAGGAAUUCAACAGCAAAGGCAGGAGGAACAUUUGCACUCAGAAAGUGGUGAGACUGUGGAACUCACUCCCUUGUGGGUUGGUUGUGGUGAAUAGUAUUGGUGUGUUGCAAGGAAAUAUGGAUAAACACCAGGGAGUAGGGCGUACAACAAAUAAUGAUGGAUGUUCGAUAAUGUGCUGCUGAACCCCUGGUUGGGAAAUUAUAUAAACUCCAAUACAAUUUCAGGAGUUGAGAGUCAUUUUAUUUCUGAUGAUUUGUAUGUUCAGGUUUUCAUAGAAUGGUUCAGCACAGGAAGAGGUCAUGUCACAGGUGCUUUCAGCUUGAAAUUAACCCCAGUUUUUUUUUAUUAGUCCAUAGAAUGUGGGUGCUCCUGGCUGGGCUCCUGGCUGGGCCAGCAUUUAUUGCCCAUCCUUAAUUGGACUGGAGAAGGUGGAGAUGAGCUGCCUUCUUGAACUGCUGAGUCCACGUGCUGUUGAGACACCCGCAGUGCUGGUAGGGAGUAAGUUCCAGGAUUGUGACCCAGUGACAAUAUAUUUCCAAGUCAGGGUGAUGAGUGGGGAAGAGGAACUUGCAGGUGGUGGCAUUCCCAUGUAUCUGUUGCCCUUGUCCUUCUGGUGGUAGAGGUUGUGGUUUUGGAAGGUGUUGUCAGAGGAGCCUGAUUGAGUUACAGCAGUGCAUUCAGUAGAUGGCACACACUAUUGCAACUCCCAAUUCCUCCUGCUAUUCAUCAACAGAUCAUCACCAAACCCCUUUUAUAUCCAGGAUUGUUAUCACACAUAACAGGACAACUUUCCUACUGCUAAAUCACCAUGAAUUUUUAAUUCCCCCCCCCCACUUUUAUUAAACUACUAAAUACCGCAGAUAUAAUCACUCAUGUAGCCAAUUAAAUAUUUAUAAGCAAAGCCCAUUAUAGCAAUGCAAACCAUCAAAAGUGAGGGGAGAGGGGUAUGGAGAGAGGACUAAUUCCCCUUCAAAAGUUCCAGUUGAACCUGCUUCGGCUGUCCUUCCAUGCACAAUCUUCCAGACUAUAUCCACAGACUGUGUAAAAUCGUUUCGACUUCUUUCCUGUGUCUUGUCUCAGUUUCUGUGAGCAAUCACUGCAGUCCCUUCCUUAUUGGAUGAGAGCUCAGUAUUAAUGCCCUCUUCACCAAAUCAUGGCCUCUCUUUGAUUUACCACGUCUUCCCAAGUUUGAUCCAUUACCCAAACCAUUUACUCUAAAAAAAACCUCUCCUCUUACCCAAAUUUGUAAUUGCUAAGAACAUGAACCCCAGCAGAGUUCAUAAGACCGGAAGACAUAGGCAGAGAGGCAGGCCAUUCAGCCCAUCAAGUCUGCUCUGCCAUUCAAUUAGAUCAUAGCUAAUCUGACAAUCCUCAACUUUCCUGCUUUUUCCUCAGAACCCUUGAUUCCCUCCCUGAUUAAAAAUCUGAGUAUCUAUCCAUUGAAUGUAUUUAAUGAUCCAGUCUUGUCCAAGUUGAGUCUGUUCCCACCUUCCUCAGCGCUGCUGCCAGCAGCCAAUCUUCCAGAACCCUUUUCCCCCACACCAGUCUUAAAGCCAACAUUCAUCUCUCUUAUCUGAUUCAGACAGCGUUCAUUGCUAGAGGUAGGGUACACAGAAAUAGAACCAUUCUUCCCUCACUAUGUGAUCAUCAAACAGGACACAAUUCAGCUUCUCCACUCAAUUUCAGCAUUCCAUCAAUCAUUCAUCUGUCCGCGUUGAUGGUCAAACCCUUAAUCCACGCAUCCAACAAAAAAAAAUACAUUAGCUAUUUCUAGUUGUCUUCAGCUUCAAAAGCUUUCAGGGGAAGACAGUUCAAGAUUCCUAAUCCCCUUUGUGUUUGCUGAAUCAUCGUAAACGAGGCCUGGCUAAGGUAUUCUAGUUCUGGACCACAAUCCUUCUCCAGCAACUUUCUGAGAUGCCCUCCCUGAAACUAAAAUCUUGCCCGGGAGGGGAAACCAGAUAGUUUUGGUGUCAAACCUGCACAGGAAUGGUGACAGACCGGGCGGAUCAUGUUCCUGUAGUUCGCACUCUUAUUCUGAUUUCAAUGUAAUUACAACCAGCCUGUGAACAACCCUAACAAGGAAAGGUAGAUUAGCUUGAAGUCCAUUUCACAUUUCAUUUGUGAUGCUUGUGCAGCUGAAUAGCCAGUUGAAAUUCAUUGACGAAUACCAGGUCUGAACAGCAAGUGGCCGUUUCAGAUAACAGGGAGUCGGCACUUUGUAAGAACUAAAGAAAAAUAACUUCAUGUCCUUGUCUACAUAUUUCAUCAACUAUUGCACAGAACAAAACGGCUGGAAAAGAAGUGAGCUUGCUGAUACCUUUAAUAACGUAGCAACGCAUCUCCUUACCAAGAUGCGACCAAAAAUGAAUGAGACAUUAGCAAGACCUCUGUGAACGCGUCGAAAACAAUGUGGUAGAGAUUCACUGUGGCCUCACUGAGCCCUGUCAAUAUCCCCGAGCAGCUGAACUGACCCUUGUGUGUGAGCAACCUGGGAAUCAAUUCUACAGAAACUGAAACAAAACUCUUUUGAUAUUUUGCUUUUUGCCGAUUUUAAUUGUAAUUAUCAAAGCAAGCACUCUAGAAACUGCUGAAAGUUCCGCGAUUUCAACUCAGACUUUACUAUUGCCUUGCUCUUGCUGCCGUUUGUUUGAUCAUUGAUAAU